AUGUUGCACUUCAUCGAGGUCUUGACCGCGGCCAUUUCACGCGCUAAGCGCUCCGGGGCCCUCCCUGAUGGGGGCUUCGUCUGGCAGCUUGCGUCAGACAGAUGCCGUGGAAUUACCUCCCUUUUCGAGUCACGGCGAGAGCCAAUCGCCGGCUUUCUGUUCGAUCGACUUGUCGAUGGCCUAGCCAGCAGCGUUCGGCCUGAAGACCCCAUGUUUUUGGUUCAGAUGUGGCAACUUUGCGUCUCACUGUCCAGAAUUCACUUCCACCAGCGCGAAAUCGCCGAACGUCUCAUGUUUCUCCGCCUUUUUCUUCACCGGAUGCGCCAAAGGCUACUACCAUUCACCCCUAGUCAGGAACAUCCCGUUCUGGCAAUUCUGGGCGCACUUGAGAGCAUCUUGGUCAAGUCUCCAAAGUCGCUCAAGUGGACCCUGGCCAUCGGCUGUUGGAAAUCCAAGGCUAUGCUCGACCGGGUGUUUGGACAGAUGACCGACCACGUAUCGCUAGAGAAUGGUGCGUUUUGCGUCCAAAAUUGGCGUUCCAGCUUUGAGCUAGACUUUCGAGAGCUCGAGGCGAGAUACCAUCCUCUGGUUGACAACUUUGGCCCUCACCCCUUGACGGAAGACAAGAUUGCCAUCUUGUACUGCUAUACGAGCGCCCUGGCUCGUAUCGUUCCUUUGAAUAACGACGCGACCCCCUUGUUCCUGGGCCACCUCGCGGUUCUUCUCGAUCAAUCGUCGAGACACGUUCGCCACGAAGCGGAAGCUGGCUCCCUAGCAUACGGGGGAGUGGUAAGCGCUUUUGUAUUCUCGACCGAGCUGGUUGCAAAAUACCUGCUAGAAGGUGGCAAGUACAAGCAUGUGCUGCGGGAAAGGCUGAGCCCUAGUCAGCCAUACGAUGUUUACCUGAGCGAGGCGAUCGAGAUCCUCCGCUCUGGUGAUGUGGACUGCCAGGUAAGAGCUGCUGAGCUGUCCAGGCGUCUCGGCACCUGGCUUAAAGCAUACUGCUUGGGUGAGAAGAACAAAGAAAAGGGCCAGAAGGGGGAAGGUAAAAGAGGGAAGCGGUCACGGGGGAGAGAUCGAACCCCAGACUUCAAACGGGAAAAGCAUCGGUUUUCCCAGAUACUCAACCGGAUCUUCCAGACGCCGCACGAGCUCCGGUUCAAGAUGAACACGAACAGGGAAGGAUGGCAGAAAGACCUCCGCCACAAACGGAACGAGAGUAGGGAGUUGGUCCUGGUCCCGCUGUCCCGUGAGGCGGGAGUCACCCACGAUAAGGUUCCGCCCCCUGAACGCCGCACCUGCCGUACCUGCGAUGUAACAUUUCCCUCCCGGCGGGACAUGUUCAUCCAUUUUCAAUACCUCAAGCAUCGCUGUGGUAAACAACCGACGCCUCAAAGCAAUCCCUGGAGGCAACCGGUCGAGAUCGGGCCGACAAUUGAACCAAGGGCCCUGGAGGCUCGACCUUGAGCCUUGUGGGUUUGAUACAAGAUGAACAGUUGGGUUCAGUGGUGGACACUUCAAAACUAAGAGGUUGUCCCAAGUUUGUGCGGGUGAUGAGUUACUCCAGGAGAACACGAGGCUGGACGUUUCUUUUCGAUUCGUUCCCUGGGAUCCUGCUAGGUGGCCAUGCUUUGCAAAUAGACACGACGGUGCCCCAAACCACCUAGAACGCAAUGCUAAUACAUU